GCUGAGAGCCAACCUAAGCGAAGACUUCUCCAACAGUCCGAAGGCACAGGGUUAGAUCGGUACAGAGGCCCUCACAACAUUUUUCGGCUACAUUUCGAAUGCGGUCUCAUUCAUACAUGCCCACAAUAUCAGGCAUAUGGACUUCAAACCAAGCAAUUUACUGGUUCGACCCACCAACAUGGAGAACGACUGUUUUCCCUACCUACAAGAUAUACGUGGCAGAUUUUGGGAUUGAUCGAGCUUACAAGUCUGCUGCAGAGUCCGAGACUGACCCAAGAAUUUCCUUGUUCACUCCCUGUUGUACGGCGCCUGAAGUCGUAGAACAAGAGAGGAGAGGCUUCAGUUCCCACAUCUUCUCUUUCGGCUGUGUGUUUGUGGAGAUGAUGGCUACAAUACUAUCGUCUUCGGUCUAUGACGAGUGGAAGAGGCUCAGGAUGCUGUUCCGCAACUGCGUUGGCAGCAGUGAGUCACCAGCGUUCCCCUAUUACAUGAACAUCGAGGAGAUCUGUUAAUGGCUUGGAGAAGCUUGUGAGCGAAGUGCCAGGAACAACCGCUGGCAUCAAGUAUUGAGAAGGAUCGAUACAAAGUUUUUGGACCUGCUUCCAAAGAUGUUACAUUCCAAGCCCGAGCAUCGUCCCACUGCAGGAGAGCUUAAAGAAGCCACUCGCUCAUUGCAACGUGCGCACUGAAUACUGGUCCUGAGCCCUCCGAGGCCGCAGAGACGACUACGUACUAAUGCGAAAACGUCACCUCAUCCGGAAGUG